ACACACACACUGACAGCAGGAUGGUGCUGCGACUGCUGAUGCGCUAUUUGGCCAACAAUGAGCAGCUAAUACAGCGCAUGGCCGACAGCUAUCCGAUGCGACGCGCUGCCCAGUUGGUUGUCUCGCUGAUGUAUCGCUCCAAGAGCCUGGCCAGGGAGCAGGGCCUGCACGAGAUGACGCCAGAGCGCUUUAAGUCGUUUGUGAACAUGUUUAAAAACAAUAUACGGCAGGAGCUGGAGGGCGUCAAACGGGAGCUGAAGAAUAAGAAAAAUAACUAAAUUAUUGUACAUUACAUUAUAUAUAUAUUUAUAGGCUAGCAACUUCAGGCACAUAAACAAAAUUUCAAGAGCAAACAAAACUUAUUGAAAUGUGGCAGCAUUUUACAACACUGACUGCACCCCGCACAGCGUUGCCAACUGUCUUG